CAUAUAUAUUCUCAUGCAGUUAUAUUGAACUUGUAUUUUCAGUGCCAAACUAUUUGGAGCGAGACCUUUUUCGUCCAAUUUUUAAAGGUCUUCAAUUUGUAGAAACAUUGAUAUUUUUAAACCACCAAUUAGUGUCUCGGAAGAUUGACAUAAUGGCGGCAGCGAAUUCAGUAGAAAAGCUUGAAAAGGAACUAUUUUGUGCGGUCUGUAUGCAGGUUCUGACCAGUCCAAAACGACUCAGUUCGUGUGACCAUUCAUUCUGUGAGAAAUGUUUGGUAAUGUUUCUCAAAUCUCAAAGUGAAAUGAUGGGAUCGCGGCAGUUAAAGUGUCCGAUGUGCCGGAAAGCAUCUUCCCUUCCAGAACAGGGUGUGUCCGGCUUUGAAUCAAACCCACUCGUAUGUAGGAUGAUUGAGACACUGAAGGCUAAAAUGAACUCAAGUCAAAAAGGAUGUGACAGCUGUGGAGAUACAGAAUCUUCACUGGUAACCUACUGCAGAGAUUGCUUUCAGUUGAUCUGCCAAUCUUGUUCAGACUCACACCAAAGGAUGAAACUGAAGUUUCGUAACCAUCGCACUGUUCUUCUCUCGGACAUCCAAAACGGGAAGGUGAAGGUAGAACUUCUGGAGGACUCUAAGAAGGUCGGCAAAUACAAGUGUGGCAAACAUGACUUCGAGAUGAAGAACUACUUCUGCAAAACUUGCAAAACACGCGUAUGCAGAGACUGUGUUGCCCUUGAACAUAGCACUAAAGGUGGCCAUGACUGUACAACGGUACUACAAGUAUACACCAGUAUGCAAGAGAAGGUAAGAAGUCUUCGGGCCAGAUGUCAGCAGCGAAAAGAAGCGAUUGAACGGGACAUUAAUGCGGCUGACGUGAAAGGGAGAGUUAGUGCCCCGAAGAAAUUUCAAGAGAUGCGAGAAAGUGUUGCUGUUGCCAAGCUUGCAGCAACCACGUAUCUAAACGAAGCAGAAGAACAACUGUUGUCAAAAGUAGGAAUGUUUGAAAAGGCAUUUAAAAGAAAUGUCCAGAUCAGCAGAGAGAAUACUACAAAGGAAGUAGAGAAUAUCAGUCGUAUGAUAUCAGAAGCAGAUAAUAUCACAGAAGCAAAUGAAGCACCCGAGUUUAGUGCUUUUCCAGAUGAGCUGAUCGACAAAAUGGAAAAACUCUUAGCCGAGGAAAGCAUAGUGGCUGCUAAUGAUGAAUUCUUAGCACUGGAAGGCACUUCGAUACAGAGUCAUCAUCUUGCAUUGACAAUGUCCUCCUAUGCCGAUGUCUUUUUAUCUGGAGUCUGGCAAGUCAAAUCUACAAUCAAACUGAACCCAAAUUCUUCCCCCGUACGAAUUUUCUGCAAUAAUGACCACAUCAUCCUGCAAACUAAACAAAACCUGUACAAAAGACCGCUUGAUGGGAGAGGUCGCUGGGAUGCCAGGCUUCUUAGUGUCCAGAACAACCGAUCUGUAGCAGGGGUAGCUGUUUCGUUUAGAGACCAGGCUGUAUAUUUAUCAUUCCGAGAAAGUGUGGACUUGGGAAUACGGAUGGCACGAAUUUCUGAAAUCAAAGGUGGUGAUGAUUGUUUCUCUUCCUUUGACCAGAUGAGAUCAGUUACACCGCCAUGUUGGUCAGCUGACACAGAAAUGAUGACGACCGAUUGCUCAGGAAGAAUCAUAAUUGUGGAGAACUGUUUGGGGAAAAUGUCACAGGUGUUCCCUUCCACUGCUAAAGUACCUAAACCAUUGCAGAGGAUCAACGAAGCAACUGCAUAUUCCCGGGGUUCCACCAUACAUCCAACAUCUCCUAACCCUCUGGCCGCCGGGCCAUCACCAGGAGCAACACCUCUAACAAAAAGCCCGACACUGAGUUUGAAGUCACCUGCUGUACGAAAGAAAGUUGCGGGAGCCCCUAAGAAAACCUCCAAGACUUCACCACAAAAUGAGAAGAUACAAAACGCAGGUUUUAACGUAUUUUCAUUGCGAUCUGCAACAGUAAACCGACACAAACCAAAUUUAUCUGUUUUUCAUGGUUUUGGAAACCCAGCAAGCGCCGGAAUUCAGAAAGAAAGUAAUAGCUUCCAAGUUCCAUUCGGGGUUUCACGUGUUGCGGUGGCUAAGACUGGUCAGUUGGCGUUUCUUCGAGAGGACAAGAAAGGGGUUGUAAUCACUGAUGAAGACGGGAGAAUCCAGCAUGAAGUCAAGGAACCUUUAGUGGAGUACUUGGCCAUCUCGUGCACGGAGAGUGACGCCCUCUACGUUCUGUCCGCCUCCUGGGGUAGUUGUAGCGUCACGCUCACCAAGCAUUCUUUAGAUGAUGGGCGUGUCCUCGAGUACAUCUUCGAUAAGCUCGAUGGCGUAGAAGUCAAUAAAGGGCAGGUUAUGGCGAAUUACGGCAAUGACCUUGUGGCCGUCAUUAUUGGUAAGGAGAUUCGAAUCUUUAAGAGGAAAGAAUGGACGGUUCUUGAUGACUAUGAUGAUUACGAGUCUGAUGACAGCGAUCUGUAGGGACUUACAUGACAUUAGGCAAGUGUGUCCAAAGGUACUGUAGAACCGUUAAAGCGAGAAAGCACAUUUUAUUUUAUUUUGUG